GUAGGGACGUCCCAAAUAUCCCAGAUAGCACUGAUGAAGUAGUGGGGGCGGGCCGUUACUAACCAGUGCACGGCGCAGGAGUUCUGGCAACAGCUUCAGCGGAGGAUUGGAGCAUAGGAAUACUGCCAGCGAAAUAACAACAGAGAAAGAUAGCUCGGAAUACAGUAUAGAAGAUGGCAGUGAAUGUGCACGCCACGUCUGUGUCCUGUGACACCCUGAGCAGACAUGAUAUGCUGGCCUGGCUCAACGAUUCCCUACACCUCACCUACACCAAGAUAGAACAGCUCUGCUCGGGUGCAGCGUACUGUCAGUUCAUGGACAUGCUGUUCCCAGGCUGUGUCCUGCUAAAGAAGGUUAAGUUCCAGGCCAAGUUGGAACAUGAGUUCAUACACAACUUCAAAGUUCUCCAGGCUGCCUUCAAGAGGAUGGGAGUCGACAAAAUAAUUCCCGUCGAGAAGCUCGUAAAAGGAAAGUUCCAGGACAACUUUGAGUUCGUGCAGUGGUUCAAGAAGUUCUUCGACGCCAACUAUGAUGGGAAGGAGUACGACCCUCUACAAGCCAGACAGGGGCAAGACAUGGCUCCCGCCCCCAAUCCAGGUGAUCACUUUUCCCACAGACCAAAGAGAACUCAUGGUCCUCCAGGCCCCCAGAGGAUGUCGCCCACAGUGCCCAAGAUAAUGCCCGCGCCCCAGAGGGUGCUGAACACCACCGUGCAUGUGAGGAAGACCCCGGCUCUGGCGCGGAACGGGGGCAGCGACGGGGAACUCAUGGAGCUGAAUCAACAGUUGAUGGAGCUGAAGUUGACAGUGGACGGACUAGAGAAGGAAAGAGAUUUCUACUUCAGUAAGCUGAGAGACAUUGAGCUGAUCUGUCAAGAACAUGAGAGUGACACCAACCCUCACCUCUCCAGGAUAAUGGACAUUCUCUACGCCACAGAGGACGGCUUUGCUGCUCCAGAUGAUGACGAGAUUGAUGAACAGGCCCACUUGGACCAGGAUGAAUACUGAGCCUGUUAUACAUUCUGUCCAUAUCCCCCCCUCUUCCUCGUCUAAAACUCUUAUGUCCAUCCAUAUUCACCCUCUUUCUGCCUCUCUCCUUUGUCCCUCUCUCUGUUUCUCUCUCUCUCUCUCUCCUUUGUCCCUCUUUUUGCACACUAUAAAUACCUCUAUCCUGUCCCUGUUCUCUCUCUCUUUUCCUCUCUUCCUCUCUCUUCAUAUUUAUAUAUGUUUGUCUCCCCCUUCCCCCGUGCUAUCUACUGUACAUACACCUCUACUUCUUAGUGUCCUAAGCUACUC